UGAGCCGCCGGCGCCCAGCGACCCGGGUUCGAGUCCCCGCGUCGGCUGUCAUGGCGGACGCGGAGCCGGAAGCUGAGGAUGGCUGUGAGGACGGCUGCAGAGGCGGCCGGGCUCCCUUUUCCCAGCGCGGGAGCGCCGCGCGCGUGGCCCCACUGGGCCCCGAGCAGCUGCGCCGGGUCCUGGAGCAGGUGACGAAGGCGCAGCCGCCCGCGGAGCCGCCGCCGCCGCCGCCGCCCUGCGUGCUGGACGCGGCGCGGCGGCUGCGGGACGCGGCCCAGCAGGCCGCCCUGCAGCGCGGCCCCGGGGCCGAGCCCCCGCGCCCGCCGCGCCUGCUGCCUCCGCAGCAAUUGGAAGCCAUUUGCAUCAAGGUAAGAUCUGGAGAGAUGAAAGGCCAGGAGAAGCCGAUGCCCGCGCUGGCCGCCAUCCAGCCCAAGUCGGCCCGGCCAGGCCCGCCACCCAGCGGGCGCUGCAGCGCGGUGGGGCUCCGCUCUCAGCUGCUGGGGACACCGCCACGUGUCCUGAGUCACCCACCCCCGCCUCCCGCUCACGUGUUCAUCCAGAGGCCACUGCCCGCCCUCCGGCCAGUCCCCGUGAAGACAGUCUUGGCCGCUGAGCCUCUGAGUGGACAGAGCACUGCAGCAGUCCCUCCAUCGGCCUCUGACCUGCCAGCGAUCACAUCUGUUUCAUCCAGUUCAGCAAAUUUAUUUAUUUCCAGCUCGCAAACAAAACACGCUGAGAAACUAAAGAAGUCUUUAAAAGUGAAAACACGUUCUGGACGGAUAUCUCGACCUCCCAAGUAUAAAGCUAAAGAUUAUAAAUUCAUCAAGACAGAGGAUUUGGCCGAUGGUCACCCAUCCGACUCCGACGACUACGCUGAGCUGAGCGUGGAAGAAGAUGAAGACCAGAGAGGAAGGCAGGCGCUCUUCGACCUAGCAAGCUGCUCCCUGAGGCCCAAAACUUUCAAGUGUCAGACUUGUGAAAAGUCAUACAUAGGAAAGGGGGGGCUGGCCCGGCACUUUAAACUUCACCCAGGCCACGGCCAGCUGGAGCCUGAGGCAUCGCCGUCUGGGAAAGCCAACAGGAGCGUGAUCGCGGGCCCCAUGGAGGGUGAGACCAGCAGCCUGGCGUCCCGGGGGCCACCCAUGCCAGCUCUGCCAGUUGAGGAGGGGGCUGUGCCAGCACGGCGUGGCCGGCAGAAUGGUCAGUCUGUGGAAGUUGAAGAAGCGCUGGUGUCUGAACCAAAAAAUGGAAGUUUUUCAGCCCUUUUGGGAUCAGAGAGACAUCCCGGACCUAGAAGAAGCGGCUACUCUGUGGUCCCGGCAGAGCCCAGCAUGGCCGUCCUGGAGUGGAGUGGCGCGGCUCAUCCGCCGGGGGGUGCUGGAGCCGCCAGGAGCAGGGCCAGGCUCCAGGAGUUUCUCCACCAGUGUGACCGGGACGAUCUAGUGGAGUUGGCUCUGCCUCAGCUGGCUCAGGUCGUGACUGUGUAUGAAUUUCUUCUGAUGAAGGUUGAAAAAGGUCAUCUAGCAAAACCUCUCUUCCCAGCUGUAUACAAGGAGUUUGAAGAGCUGCAUAAAAUGGUUAAGAAAAUGUGUCAAGAUUACCUCCAUAGUUCUGGACCCUGUUCUGAGGAGCCCCUGGAAGUAAACAACAGUAAGGUUGCCGAGUCCUUAGGAAUCACAGAGGAAUUCCUAAGGAAAAAAGAAGUACAUGCAGACUGCAUUCCCUGCACGUGCACCAGCCCGGAGGAGGCCCCAGAGGAGCUGGAGGAAGUGGGUCCACAGAAGAGGGCGACUGAGAUUGCAGAGGACGGGCUGGCCUCAGUGAAAAGGACCAGGAGAGACGCUGUGCCCCAGGACCCCGCGGAGUGUCCUGCUGAUGACGGGGGCCUGCAGAGGCCGGCCCCGUGUGCCCCAGCGGCUGGUGCAGGUUUUGCCCCUGGAGUGAAUGGGGGCACCUCUCCGCACCCCGAGGAAAGCCCCGUGACGCCGGCUCCUGAGUGCGAGAGCAGCGUGGCACAGGCGGGCCGGCGGCCGGCAGCACUGGCUGGUUGGGCAGCUCACAGUGGGCCUGCAGACCCCACUGCCCCGCGCCAGGGUGCCCUGGGCCGGGGCUCCCCUGUCCCUUAGGGGCACCGGGGACACGGGCCCAGCACCAGGUGGCAGCGUUCCCCGGGGAGAGUGUCCAGACGCUGGGGCUGGCCUGGGGAGCCCAGCUCUCUGCAGCACCUCAGUCUCCAGCCUGGAAACGCAGAGGCAGGAAGUUUCCGCGAGGCGUGUGGCUCCCACCUGAGCAGCCCCGAGUCCAACCCCAGCGAGGCCCAGCCUCCGGAGGCCCCUGCCCAUCUGCCCAGGAAAGCGUGGUCCAUGGACGCCGUGCCAGCCGACUGUGCGCACGGCACCACGUCUGAGCCGGGGCCUCAGCCCAGCCAGGGCAGAUGCCGAGUCCGGAGGGGGCCCUGCAGGCCACCAGGGGCUGGAGGCCGCGCCGCCGUCGGGGAGGCCGUGGCUUUUGCACUCAGCGACGGGUGCCCCACUCUGUCAUCUCAGGAAGAGGAGCAGACGGUUGUUCAGACCGACGGGCUUCUCUUGUUCCACCUGGGUUCCGUAGUGCCUGGGGAGGGGGAUGUGGUCACAGUGACAGAUGUGGAGGGGCCUGCCCUGCAGCUGGGCCCCUGGAAUGGCUCCUCUGGAAGCUUGGAGACGCAACCCUCUCAGUGAGAUGGGGUCAGAGCCGCAGCCCUAGAUCUGUGUGGAUUUUACCCAGAGAAGGUCUGUCUCAAGGAGUGUGUAUUUUUCUAAUGUGAAUACUGACACAAAUGAACAUUUUAUUUAUAAAGAAUAACGUCUUUCUA